AUGAAUCGUCAAGUUUAUGCUGAUGGGCCUCCAUCACCACCCUCCUUUCUGGCAGAAUACAAAUCUUCUUGCCUUGGAGCAAUGAGGUGUGGGAUCGAAAAGCAGAGUAAAGCAUUAGCUUCUUGUGGUGGACGAGCAUGGACUGAAGAAGAGGAUGCCUAUCUUUAUCGUGCCCGUAUGAUGAAGACUCCAUACAAGCGCAUUGCAGCCCAUCUGUGCAAGACGGAGCUGGCCUGUCGUCUACAUUACCAUCAAAUGUCAUCGGGCAAUCUUCGAAGGCGAAGUGCGAAAUCACGAUCAUCAUCGCUUAGUCUGGACUCUACACAUUACCCUAUCGAGGACUCCAGGCGUGAAUACUCUACCCCUUCACAUAUCCGAACCCCGUCUCCACGCUACGAACCAGUGCCCAGCUAUUUCCCGCCCUAUUCCCCGGCUUUUCCUCAAUCAUCACAUAAACGAUUGCCGUCGCUUUCGUAUCCGAUGGAGCUAUCACCAACUGGUCCAGACCCCAACAAGCCAUCCAUGGUUCAUACGAGCACAGCACACGACCGGAACCCGUCCCCACCAAACCAUAGGUACCAUGUCAAUAUCGACACUCCCAGGUUGUCAAAUAUACCAUAUAUCCACCAACACUCAUUCCCACCCUUUUCGACUACCAACACCGCUGCAAAACACCCUUUUCAAACCGCAGUAUUACCCCCUAAUAUAUCUGAUCCAUCUCACGAUAUAACCUUACCACCAAUCCGAUCGAUCCCCCUACCCACACCUAGCCCUAGCCCGGGCCCAGGUCCGGCCCCCUUAAUUCCCUCAAGGGGAGGUCUUCUCAGAGAUGUUUACCGUCGCGGUUCUCACCCACUAGCUGGGCAGUGUACUAGUGAUCUCCGCCGUGCAGCCGAAGAACCCCGACAACCUCGCAUUGCAGAACCUGGCGUUCAGCAAAUUACUCAAAGCUCGGUACAAAAAUGUGCCGUCUCUUCACUCCUGAAUGUCGAAAGGGAAGUGUGGGCUCCUCGAGGGAUUAAGAGCGGACCUGUGAUGUGA